UAAGCCGAACGUUAAACAGCAAUUCUCAAGGCACGCCGCACGCCGCACGCCGCACGCCGCACGCCGCACGCCGCGAGCCCCGCAGCCACCUCGGAUGGAAGCUCCUCCUAACUCGACUUUGUUGACGUCAUGCCCCCAAUGAUCUCAUGGCGAUAUCCCUCAGACGCAAUGCCCUGUUAUCUCGCCUUAAGGCAGUGUUCGCCGUACAGAGAUUUAACCACACCUUAGUCAAAACUGGAAAACAAGCUCAACUCUCAGCUCGAAUGGGGUCUGAUUCGGGGCUAGAGCGAGGGGAAAUUGACAUGUCAAAAUGGAGAAUACUGGACUCUAGGACUUUGGGGCUAACUUGGUCAAUGGUAUCUGCGCCCUCAUGGAUUGUUCUGAAAGUGCUUCAGAGUGCAGGAUUUGAAGCCUACUUGGUUGGCGGAUGUGUGAGAGAUCUACUUCUGAAUAAAAUUCCUAAAGAUUUUGAUGUGAUCACCACAGCGACACUUAAACGGAUCAGGCAGGAGUUUCGCCGUUGUGAAAUUGUUGGACGCCGUUUUCCUAUAUGUAGGGUGCAUAUCAAAGGUUCUGUUGUUGAGGUAUCCAGUUUUGAGACAGCAGUCAAAACCAAAAAUUCUAAAGAAAAAGAAGAAUGCCAAUUCUCUCAAAUGCCACAUGGCUGUGACAGAAAAGACUUCGUUAUCUGGAGGGAUUGCAUGGGUCGGGACUUCACAAUUAACAGUUUAUUCUUUGACCCCUUCGUGAACAAAAUCUAUGAUUAUGCCAAUGGAAUGGUGGACUUGCAAUCUUUAAAGCUGCGUACAUUAAUCCCUGCUCAGCUGUCUUUUAAAGAGGAUUGCGCCAGAAUCUUGAGGGGCUUGAGAAUUGCAGCUCGUCUUGGUCUGUCCUUCUCAAAGGAAACUGAGUUUGCAAUACGUAAACUCUCUUCGUCCAUAGCAACCUUACCACAGUGUAGAAUAAUGAUGGAGUUGAACUAUAUGCUGUCCUAUGGAGCUGCUGAACCUUCUCUUUGUUUACUUCAGAGAUUCAACCUGCUUGAAGUUUUGCUGCCAUUUCAUGCUGCAUACCUUGCUCAACAAGCCUGCAGAAAAUCCCAUCAAGGUUCUAUAAUGUUGAUGAAAUUAUUCUUCAAUUUGGAUAAGUUAGUUACUUGUGAUCAACCAUCAGAUUGCAGUUUGUGGGUUGGUCUUCUGGCAUUUCACCUGGCAUUAGUAAAUAAUCCUCAAAAUGCUCUUGUAGUUUGGACUUUUGCUUCUGUCCUUUAUCAUCAAAUAUGGAAAGAUGGUGUCAAAUUUGCAAGAGAAAAUGUUCAAGCACCAAUUGAUUUUUCACCUGAGAUUUCAGACAACUGCAACUUCAUAUCUGAUGAUGAACUUGCGGAAAGAGUCAGUCAGUUUGCAACAAUGGUCCAAGAGUCUGUUGGUGCUUUGACUGAGACAGAAAUCCUCCUCCAAUUAAUGUCCAGAUUUCCUGAUUAUCCAUGCCCUGGUUUGGUGUUUAUAUCAAAGAAAAGCGGGAAAGAUGCUGCUCUACUCUUUCGGAUGCUGGUGCAUAAUGCUAAAUCUCUUACGAAGAGGAGGAAUUGUCCUGAUAUCAACUAUAAUCUGCUUGGGAAGGGAGAUGUAUGGGAGACCAGGUUUGUCCUCGGGAAAAUUAUUAUGAACGCCAUGAGCAGUGGGGCUGUCCAAGAGAGUAAAGUUGUGGAGGAGGAGAAAGAUCCGGGGCAGGCUCUUGGGAUUAACCAGGAUCCAUUGACCUCUAAUAUUGAAGUGCACCACAUUGUUAAGGACAACAAAAAACGUAACUCAUCACCAUCUAGUGCUGAACACCCGCAGGCAAGGGCCAAGAAGCAGAAGUCAGUUGGGGAAACGUUAAACCUGCUGGAUGACGGGAGAACUAAGAAGAAAAAGGCGGUAGCUAAUAGAAAUACGGAGAAGAGAGCCAAGCAGCAGCAAGAGAUGAUUGAGAAGCAUUUGAAAAUGCUGGAAGGGGAACAUAAUGAAUCACAAGAAGUGAGAAAUACGCCGGCGAAUUCAGUCGAGAAGUGUCAUUCAGACAGAACCAAGCAGCAGAAAGGAGUUUUAGAAAGCAAGCAGCGGAAGACAAUUACAAAGAAGAGUGAUAAACACAAGACGGAUGUAACAGAGAAGCAACAGGAUAUGCCCCUUCGGGUUCUUUCUGGUCUGUUUAGGUGAACAGACUAUUUUGUGAAUCAUUUUGUUUGUUCAGGAUCUCUUCAUAUAUCUGACAGAUCUAGCUAAUUUGCGGUUUCCCUCUGUUUUUUGUUUUACAAUUUGUAGUAAUUAGUUUUGAAAUUUUUUCCAUCUAUGUUCAGGUAUUCGAUCUUUGUAACAACAGUUGGCACUUACAAGAGGUAUUUUUGUUCAAAUGGGUUGUACUAACUCAAUUACAGCAUG